AUGACUGCGUUGACAAAAGGCCCAUCGCUGCUGUUAAGGCACAUCCAUUACAGUCUUCCUGCUUUAGCACGGAUUUACGAACAGCGCGCAUUGGGGGGCUCUGCCGCUGCCACGCUAACGAACCCCACCCCCUCGAGGACGUCUGUGUUUCCUUCUGAGCCAAGGACGGCGACAGAGGGUGAACGUGUGCUGAGGUUCUUCUGCGAGGAGCUGGGGAUGGGCACAGAUGCGCUGUCCGCCUGGCGCUACCGGCUGCACGAGGCUAUUAAUCGGAGAUGGGGACCACUUCAUUCCGGCGCACCUGACCGGAUGGAUGUUUCAAGCGCCGCGCAUCGCAGUGCGUUGUCAAGUUCUCCAGAAGCGGUUCUGAUCCAACAGGACCUUGAAUACAAAGUCUGUGCCAGUCCGGGACCUUCCGGUUCUGUCGACGUUGAUGGGAAUCGAAGGCUAUGGUUCAUGCCACGAGCAGCGGACUCAGCGUUUAUCAACAGUUGUCGCUUUGGUUUGAAGGCUAUUAUCUCGUCGUUUGUCACUCUCAGUCCACCUGUUCAUUCGACAAGAUCUGCCGCGUUUGACGCAGCGCAGUCGCCGCCACGAACCCAUUCGCAGACAAGCAGAUUCUAUGCCACGAGGCGUAUACCCGCUGGUAUGUUUGUGCUGAGUAUCCCGACGGAGGCGGCGUUCUUUGCGGAUCCACCACACGCGGCGGAUCCACUGCUUGAUUAUUUUAUUCAUUUGGAGGAUCUGGCUGGUCAGUUAAUCUCCGUUUCUGAGGACCCGACGGUGCCACACUUCGGGUACGUGCAGUAUCUCAAGGAAAACGUUGUUCCCGUGCGGAACCUGCCCUUUAUAUCGCGCGAGGAGCUGAUGGAAUUGCUGGAGAUCAGAACGACGUCGGGGGGCCAGGCGUUAGCUACGGGGGUGGGAAAUGGCGUAAGCGGUGAAUCCACGGCUGCUUCACGAGGGAGCAAGGCGGACAAGUGUGCAUCCCCGUUGGCCUUGAGCCCCGCGCUCAGUCUAUGGGACUUUUUCCAUCAGGAUAUGAAAGGUGAGCCACUCAGCCCAUACGUGCGGGAGAGGCUCGGUUUUACGUCCGGGUUUCCAUCUGGUAGUGAUGAUGGCAUCGCUGUGACGCCGACGGAAUGCGCUAUUGGGAAGGCGGAGUAUGCGUGGUGGAUAAGCCUGGUCCUCUCUCGCCGAGAGGGGAGUGCGACGUUGAUUCCUCUUAUCGAUAAACUCAAUCACAGUCCGUUGCCCAAUACGUACUUCACCAUGAGCGACCCCAGCUCGUUUUGCGGUAUCGAUGUACUAGAUAACCUGUUCGCCGGUGUGCCACUCGAUUUGCUAUACCACCCCUAUGUGCAUGUGUUCACGAUACGAGACGUGCAACCUGGUGAGGAGCUAACCCUGUGCUAUUCUUCCGCACCGAACGGCUUGUACCGCCGAAGGUCGAGUGCCGCGGCGCCUCCAAGGCCUUCGUUCCUCCGCCGAGGCAGCGAUGUGGGCUCGUGUUCGACUCCGCCAGGUGUGGAAGGGGACCUCGACGGCGUGGGGCAGGGGUCGGACCAGCGUGGCUGCCUCCGGGACGGUCCUUACGAGGAGGCCCUCGACGAGCUCUUCGAAGAAAAGAUGGACGGGGCGUCGGGGCGGGCCCCACACGUGUCGCGCGGUGGGAGGGACCUCCCCCCCUCGGUCCGUCACUACUUGCAUCCCGGGCCGCAGCUGGUGCAGACUCCCGAGGGCAGGGCGGCGUGGCAACUGCAGUGGGGCUUCGUGCCGACGGUCGACGCCGUCUACAGUGCGUCGGAUCUCAGGGAGGUAGGGGCGCUCGUGGCCGAGAGGAGGGUGGAUUCCCGAAGUGUUUUGUUCCCCCCCCCUCCCUCCACCCACAAAUAG